CUGACAAGCAGACCAGUAGUCGAUCACUGCAUGCAGACCAAGCAAGGAGUAAUUUUUUCACUUCAUUGAACCUUCUUCUGGCCUCAUCCUUAGCAUUUUGUGCAAUGCAAGACCUUUACAAGUCUGAUUGCAUUGCAUUUCAACUAUGCUUCCUUUUUUGUUCCAUCCAAAAAUUAAACAUCUUAUAAAAACUUUGUCAAACUGAGCAUCUACAAAGUUGAUUGUCAAACUGGAACAUAGCUAGCUAGGUAUCCAGGACAUGUAGACACUAAUUUUGAUCUUCAAUUUUGCGCAACAAGAUUUGAGCUUUAAGAAAUGGAAAACACUAUCCUGUUUCAGAAGGCUUGUGCAAUAGAAAUCUUGUUUCAGAAAUAAAAAAAUGAUUCGGCUGUGUAGUUUUUUUUCCAGCAACAGGAUGCCAAGAGGGUCCUGCAAGGUCCAAUAUGUUGUAUGCACAUGAAAACUACCCCAAAGUUGAAGCAUGAAUAGUACAGGUAUAUGAAGUACUCUACUACCUACCCUAGGCACCGCAUGCGCGCGCACACACAUGGGGAGUAUUUGCGGUGCCAUAACUUCAUACACAAAGUUUCCACAUGGCAAUAAAAACUAUAAACGCCCUCGUGGAGAUAGUGAGGGUUGCAACUUCGCAUAGCUUAGCUAAAUAUAGAUUGGUCUCUUCAAGACGCUACGUGCAGAAUUUCAUGGAAACAACAAAACAACAGUUAUGCAAAUAUGUUUAUAAGAUCUCAAAUAUUUAGCAAAGUGAGGCUCGGUAAUCUUUUUAUCUCAAAUAUUUAUCAAAGCAUUGCUAACUGAAUUCCAGAAUACAACCCCUGUUUGUCAUAUCAUAGCAUUGCUAAGAUGGAGACAGGAUGACUACAUAUAGACACAUGCAAAACAUCUAGAGGACAUCAUGCAUAGUAUAGUUAUCUUGCUACUCCCACCCCUGCUAUUUCAAAUAUUCUUGCCAUCAGGCAAUUGUCAUUUAAUGUCAGUGAACUGCCAUUCCAUAGGUGCGUAUGAGGAAUUCGAAAAGCAAGGCAGGUGCACAUCAUCCAAAAGAGGACGUUACUACGGGUAUGAUGCACUCCAUCAUAAAUUCCUACACAUGCGUUCGGUUCAUUUCUGGCAGUGACAAGCUUUAUGCAUAAUGUAUUGCAGGCCUUACGAGCGGGGGAGAUGAUGAAGAACAUAAUGCAAGCAUGACGAUACUUACACAACGGUUCCAGGUAUAAGAUUGUAUGAAGAUUGGUGAGAAUGCUGCCUGCAUAGUUUGUCGCCUAUGUAUCAUCGGUCUUAUUUUCAUCCUGGUUAUAACUCUACAGAUGGAUCAAGAUCGCUACAGGUUGGAGACCAUCAUGAUGCUUCGUUGUCGGCUCCAAGUAAUCUAACAGUGGAUUCUGGCACAUUUGAAGCACAAAAUGAAUAUGAUGGAUCAAGAUCGCUACGGGUUGGAGACCAUCAUGAUGCUUCGUUGUCGGCUCCGAGUAAUCUAACACUCGAUUGUGGCACAUUUGUAGCACAAGAUGCCCGUGCUGUAGGCUGUGAACCUUCAAACAAUGAGAUGGAUGGUGCGGCAAAGCUACAAGACGACAGAACUUGGGAGCAGCAUGCAACAGGAGCUGUAUAUAAUGAAAGCAAAGAUUACGCUGACAAAACAAGGGAGCAGUUCAACGCACAAAGGCGUGCGGCUUAUCGGAAGAAAAAAGAGGAUAAGGUCAGGUUGUGAUCUAUAAAUGGGUUAUGCAUAUUUGAUCUCAUUAGCAGUUUAAGAAAUAAAAUGGAAAAGGAAAUUACUAUAUAUAUUGACCUUUUUAGAGCGAGUGAAAAAAUAGUGCAGAUAAAUAUUGAUAGUUAUGGAAUUUCCUAAGGUGGUUCAUAUGAACAUACCUGGAAUAUUAAGAGUUUAACGAAAGAGGACACUAAACCACCAAGCGUAGAUGAAUGAGGU